AUGUGCUGCUUUACCCUACACGACGCCAGCAGCGGCGAGAUUCUCCAACAAGACACGCAAACCGGCUUCUUGUUCCUCAACUCUCCCCAGCCAGACGGGCGGUACUGCCUUCACCGCCCCGACAAUAACAAUGUCCUCCGAGACGUCAUGGACAACGCCUGUAUCAUAAACUCGGCUCUCAAGUUCCAAUGCCUCGAUCCGACCCCUGGCUUUAACAGGUGGUCCGUCCAGCAGAGCGGCGGCCGGGCGCUGCUCGCUGUCGACGGGUCUACUUCCUUCAAGGCCUGCCCCGCCGGCGCUGGCGCCGAAAUGGUCUGGAGUGCUCGCAAGAGCGGGGGUCUGGGCUGCAGGGACAUGCGUAUCGUGGCGAACGGCCUCGAGGGAGCGUGCCGUGGGCUUGAUGGCUGA